AUGUCGGAAGAGGAGGUCAAGGUCAAAGUUGAACUGGAAAAUUCCUACAUCGCUGAUGACGACAUCCGACCUCUGAAUGGGUUAACAACAACAACAACAGCCAAUGCCAAUACCAACAACGACAACACCGCCAAUGAUAAUGAUAACACAAAUACAACGGGACCAAUUGGUGACAAGCAGCUCCAACGAGAUUCGGACAAGCAGUCGCUGAAGACAGAUCACGCCGACACUUCGACAACAGACUACUCAGGUAAUGUUGGCAACGCAGCAGCAAGUGCUGCUGCGUCAACACCCAACCCCAACCCCAAGGGAGAAAAACCAAAGGCCUUCACUAUCAAAUACAAAAGGCCCAGAGGGUCUAGAGCCUGCACCGUUUGUCGGUCUCGAAAAGUGCGGUGCGAUGCUGAAAUACAUAUACCUUGCACUAAUUGUAUCACAUUUGGCUGCGACUGUGUCCUUCCCGAAGUCAAGAAAAGAGGUAACCAAUCAGGAGAAACUAAAGCCAAGAAGCAAAAACUAGCAGCGGAAGCAGCCGCGGCCGCAACCGCGGCUUCAUCUUCAGCUACAGCUACAACAGUAGCAGCACCAACAAUCAAAACAACAGUUGUGCCAUUACAACAACCAGCGGUAGAUUCGUCAGUAGAAAGUGCUCCUGCAAUAGAGCCAGAAAACAACACUAGUAUACUAAAGUCACCCACAUCGAAGGAAAUCAAACUGCCAUUGGACAAGAAUGCUUCUGUAAAGACAGAACCGUCAAUGUCAGUAGCGGAGAAGCAGCCGUUGCCUGAACCACCCUUGUAUCCACCCCCACCAUCAUCAUCAUCAUCCUCAAGUCAAAAUCACUCCCAUCCCCAUCAUCUUCUUCAUCACCAUAAACAGCCAAACACCAGCGAGCCAAUCUUGAAUAUAUCUCAGAUAAGCGUACCUCCUUCGCUCACUUCGGGCUACAAGAACAGACCUUCCAUGCACAAGAAGGAAUUGCUCCACUCCAAAAUGAAACCAUCAAUGACAUUUUUAGGCUCCUCAUCGGUUGGAUUCAUUCCUCAAAAAGGCGGAGAAAACCAUGUACAGUUGACUGAGGAUGUGUUUGAAUUGGUGGAUAACGGACUAGAUUCAGUGGAACUCGAGAUUCUAAAGUUGAGAGGAGCAUUUUUGUUGCCUAGUAAGGAGCUUGCCACGGAGUUGAUAGAUGCUUAUUUUGAACAUGUGCAUCCUUUGAUGCCCGUCUUGAACCGAAGCGCUUUUAUACAAAAAUUCAACGACCCGAAUGACAGUCCUAGCUUGAUGGUGUUGCACGCUGUGCUAUUAUGCGGCAGCCGUGUUUCUAAAAGCCCCCAAUUGAUGGACUCCAACGGAUCUACCAACUUGGCCAGUCUCACUUUUUUCAGAAGAGCGAAAGCGUUGUACGAAAUGAAUUACGAAAGCGACCCUUUAUCGAUUCUACAAACUGUUAUUUUGAUAGGCUCGUACUGGGAUGGACCCGAGGACGUGACCAAGAAUUCUUUCUACUGGACAAGGGUGGCAGUCGGUUUGGCGCAAGGGUUUGGUUUCCAGCGUGAUGUUUCCAACUCGAAAAACUUGACUAUUCUGGAAAAGAGGCUUUGGAGAAGGAUCUGGUGGUGCUUGUUCGAAAAAGACCGCAAUGUUGCUAUUGCCUUUGGACGACCCGUGGUGAUUGACUUGAACGACUGCGACGUUCCCAUGUUGACGCUCGAAGAUUUCGACGAGAGUGACCCGGAAUUGAACAUCAUUUCGCCCUAUCCGGUGAAUGAAACUCAUGCUUUGUACUUUAUCCAUUUGAUCAAAUUGGCCGAGAUUACCGGUAUCAUAAUUAAACACCAGUACAGUGUCAAGUCUGAGUUUAUGAAGAGGAGAAGUGCCGUGUCGAUUAUCGAGCACUGUGAUAUGCUAAUGGGUAUCUGGUUUACAAACUUGCCCCCUCAAUUGACUUUUUCGCUAGCUGAUAGUUCUACUCAAAACUUUUAUUCGUGCCUUUUAAAUGCACAGUACUAUAACAGAUUGUUUUUGAUUCACAGAUCGAAUUUGAUCAGAAUGGCCAAAUCAUCAUCCACCAAUCCCAACAACUACAAGUAUCCAAGUUGGGGUAUCAGCUUCCAGUCGGCACGUAUGAUUUCGAUAAUUUCCAAAAUCUUGUUGGAUAGAGACUUGUUGCAGUACGUUCCCACCAUGUAUGUCUACAUUGCGUUUAGCGCCUUGAUCAUGUUGAUAUACCAUGUCGACUCGACCAAUGCCGUCAUUGCCUCCACGGCAAGCGAUUCCUUGUUUGUUUCAAGAGCAGUGUUGAAGAAGUUGGCUUUAUAUUGGCCCAUUGCAGGAGUCUUGAUCAAAUUGUUUGACAAGUAUGCAAACGACAAGAUGAAACGGGCAAGUGUCAUUGAGAACGGCUCCAAGCUUGCCGAUUUCCGCGAACGCAGCGCAAGCAACAAGAGCGUGACGAACCCCAUGGGAUUAUAUGACAGUCUGGAUAUUGCUCAGCCUCAACCGCAGAUCCAGCCGCCACCCUUGCUUGCGCAUUCGCGUCAACGUACCAGUCAGCAGCAACAGCACCACCACCAACAACAACAACAUCAACAACAUCAACAUCAACAACAACAUCAACAACAACAACAACAGCAACAGCAGCAGCAACAACAACAACAUCAGCAGCAGCAGCACCAGAACCAGCACCAACAGCAAGGUCAUCUUGGCCAGCUGAGACAUUCUCCAGUCAAUUCCAAAUUUUCGCCCGGGUCAGCCACCUCGGGAAUUUCUCCCGGUGGCAACGUUUACCCCGACCAACAAGGUCAAUUUCGUGCUCCAAUACCAAACCGGGCUUUCUCCAACCUGCCUUGCGUGUCGCCAAGGAUAAGCAACUCGAGAACGCCGCAGAUUGAGCAGUUGAUCCAGAAAUACAAGGUGCCCUUGAAGCAGGCCAACGGAGACGGCAAUGAAAAGCACUCGGAUACAUCUCCAUCGUCAUCCACAAAGUCGUUCCCCGACAUUUCCUUGGUCACGGAAAAUAACCCCAACCGACAAACAUUUUUUGAGAAUUUCGAACCGACUCAAUUAUUUCCCACGUUCAGUAUCCCUCCCACGAGAGAACAAUCGCCAAGUUUGGAAGAUGCAGGCGGCGCCGAUAUGUUCAAGUCCUUGGACUCGACACUUGCACAGCAGUCGCAACAUGAUGAUGCUGCUGCGCAGGGGGACAAGAACGCGCAACAGCAGCCGCUUCCUGCCCAACCUCUACAAGAUGACAUUGUCAACCCUUCAACGCCAGGUUUCAGAACAAACUUUAUCGAUUCGUCGUUCAUCAAUAUGAACUUACAAUCGGGAAUGGACAUGAGUGAAGAUUUCAAUUCAUUAUUUAAUUUUAUGAACUAA